CAGACAAGGGUAUGUGCGAGAGCAACUGGACGGACGGGUAGGCACGCCCUUAUCCACUCCGGCGCGGGGAGCCGAAGCUGCGCUGGGCCCAGCCGGGGCCGUCAGGCGGGCCAUGCGGCGGAAGCGGUGCGGUGCGGUGCGGUGCGGUGCGGUCGUGCGGGCGAUCUUCUAGUCCCUGUCGAUCCACGUCGACUCGGUGUCUCGGUCAAGGCCUUCUUUAUCCUCCCCGACCUCACCCAGCGCGACCGUCACCGUCCCCGGCCACUAUUAUUAUUUUACCAUCACCUACCCGCUGCCUUCCUCCUUCUUUUCCCUUUCCCAUCGUCGAAUCCUCGCCCCUUCUCCCGUCGGCUGUUGCUUUUGCUUCGAAUUCCCGAUUUGCUUGCCGGAACCCUAGCGACGCCGUGGUGACGCGACGCCGACGCGUAUGGAGAUCUCCUUCGAGGCGUGGGAGGGCGUGCAGCGGCAUGGUCAGGACCUCGCGGACCGCCUCGCGCAGGGUUUCACGGGCCUGCUCCAGGUGCCGCCGCAGUUCCCGUGGCCGCCGUCGCCGCACAAGCGGAUGCCCUUCGACAUCGACCUCCCCGUCGUCCCCUUCGGCGCCGGCGGCCCCCUCGGCGUCCCGGGGAAGGACUUCCCCUUCCCCGCCGCGGCCGUCUCCUCGGUCAUCGACAUCGGCGGCAGGCUGGGCCAGGCCGGCGCUGAGCUCGGGGCGUCCGUGGGCGGGGCCGUGCAGCACGCCGUGCGGCGUCUGCCCGUGCCGUUCCGGAACGGACAGAUCCGGCGCCGCAAGCUACCGCCGCCGCUUCCUCAGCCGCCCGCGGAUUCGGUGGGCGAGGGCGCGGUAGGGCUCUUCGUCGAAAGGGCUGCUGUAGAUAGGUGCCCCCUCGAGGCGGCGGCCGCCGCCGCCGCCGCGGCGACUGGGAGCGCUGCCGCAUCUAGCGUCAGCGGCCCUGUUAGCGGAGAAGAUUUGGACGAGGACGACGAUGGUUUCGGCUGCGAUAUUGGGACUCUUGGAAACUUCAAGAAAGCUAACGGUACUGUAAAUAUGUCGGCAACAUACAAUACCAGGAGUCAAGACAUCGAGAGUUCUGUUGUUGCACGUGGAGGCCUCUGGAGGCUGGAGGCAUCGGUUGGUCCAUCUACUUCUGGAAAUGAUACUUCGCCCCUGUACCUUAUUCAGUUGGGGCCUCUACUAUUUGUUCGAGACUCUACGCUUCUCUUGCCUGUUCAUCUAUCAAAGCAACAUUUGCUUUGGUAUGGUUAUGAUCGCAAGAAUGGAGUUCAUUCCCUCUGUCCAGCUAUAUGGUCAAAACAUAGGAGAUGGUUGAUGAUGUCAAUGAUGUGUCUCAAUCCAAUAGCUUGUUCGUUUAUGGAUCUGCAAUUCCCUAAUGGGCAACUAACAUAUGUUGCUGGUGAGGGAAUAUCAGCCAGUGGCUUUCUUCCGUUAUUUGGUGGUUUGCUUCAAGCUCAUGGAAAAUAUCCUGGAGAAACAAGAGUGAGUUUUUCUUGCAAGAAUAAGCGUGGCACAAGGUUCACUCCUAUGGUCCAAUGGCCCGAUAAGUCUGUUUCAUUAGGAGUUACUCAAGCCUUGGCAUGGAAAAGAUCUGGCCUUAUGGUGAGACCCAGCAUACAAGUCAGUGUGUGCCCUACGUUUGGAGGAAGUGAUCCUGGGGUACGUGCAGAAGUUGUCCAUUCAUUGAAAGAGGAAUUGAAUCUGAUGUGUGGCCUCUCUUGCUCACAGCGCCCAUCAGCUUAUACUGCUCUCUCUAUUGGACGAUCAAAGUGGAAUGGUCAAGUGGGCAGUUCUGGAGUGGUAAUCACCUUGGAAACACCUCUUAAUAACAUUGGAAGGCCGUCGUUAUCUGUUCAACUGAAUGGUGGUUUUGAGUUGUGAUCCUUAUGACUCCUGCACUGAAGCUGUACAUACUAUUGUAUAUAUUGCCAUCACUAAUGUUCGUGCUCCAUUGUCAUGGAGACGGCUACUCAGCUGAUCAACCUAGAAAAGUUUGUGGAAGUGGGCUGCAGGCUUGCAGGUUGUUUUUGUUACUGUAGUCUAUAGGUCUAAAGUCUCAACUCAGCAAAUCAGCUGCUAUGGUAUACUCAUGCGGGCACAGAACUCAACUGCUUUGUUUUCCACUCGAAGAAUUAUAACAAUCCUUGAAGGGAUUGCGAUACUUGCAGCAGUUCAGCUCAUAUUUUCAGAAGUUCAUGAAAGCGGAGGGCUCGCUGCCAUGGAAUAUGUUCGUCCAGAAUCACAUUUUCUUGGAGCAAGACUGACUACCUGUCGCAAACUCGCAGUUGGACAUUGUUAACAAUUGUCUGUUUAGUUUGCUUUGUUGGAUGUUGAGACAAACAAGCUGGUGUAUUUUUGUAUUUCUCUACAUGCAUUGAUCAAUGAACCAAAGACUAGCGAUCCCUGUUCUACUGUUCCACUGA